CCUCAGCCUCCGCGAGCGUGCGUGUGCGCGCGCGCGCGCGUUUGAGUGAGAGAGGAGAGGGAGAAGAGACUAGGAGGAGUGAAGAACACAACGGAGAGCGUUCGUGCACACGCGUUAGCUUUAAAUUGCCUUUCAACAUAGAGACGUUAAAUGAGAAGCUACUAUGCAAAAAGGGAUGCUGAAUACGAAAAGGGAGAGAAAUGCCCUUAUCGGUCGUCUCAGCAAUAAUAAUAUAGCACGCGCCCUUUACAAAAGUAACUGAUACCGCACAAAACCAGGGAAACGGAACGGGGGAGAGAGCAGCAGCGAACUAUGCACUGAGGAUGAUUUCUGCCAGAAAAACUCCGGACAAGAGUCGCUAUCACCUACAUUAUCUGGUGUGGCAUAACAAACACCGGCAGCUGGAGAAAGAGCUCUCAGCGCGCGAGCAGGUCGAUUUAGAAGUGUUGGACCCACGGGGUCGGACUCCUUUGCACCUGGCCGUGACACUGGGUCAUUUAGACUGUGCCCGUCUGUUAGUCCAGCAUGGAGCCGACGUCAGCAAAGAAAACAGAAAUGGCUGGACAGUGUUGCAGGAGGCCAUCAGCACACGUAACCCGGAGCUGGUGCGGCUGGUGCUGCGUUACCGUGACUACCAGCGCACCACUAAGCGACUGGCAGGGAUCCCACGAUUACUGGAGAGACUCCGACAGGCACAGGAUUUUUACGUGGAGAUGAAAUGGGAGUUUACAAGCUGGGUUCCGCUCGUGUCUCGUAUCUGUCCGAGUGACACAUAUCGGGUAUGGAAGAGUGGCCAGUGCCUGCGGGUGGACACAACGCAUGGAUUUGAGCAAAUGACCUGGCAAAGAGGCAAUCGCAGCUUCAUAUUCAGGGGUCAAGACUCCAGCGCCAUGGUAAUGGAAGUGGAUCAUGACAGACAGCUGGUGUUUUGCGAGACGCUGCCGUACCACUCUUCCUCUCCCACCUCACCCUCCCGCACAACCGCUUUGAGCCUUCUGGGGGCGCUGCAUCCUAGCGACGAGCAGGUGGCGGCCCGUCUAUCCGCUCCCGUGGUGGCCACGCAGCUUGACACCAGGAACAUCUCCUUUGAGAGGAAUAAAACAGGCAUUCUUGGCUGGCGGAGUGAGAAAACAGAGGUGGUGAACGGGUAUGAAUCAAAGGUUUACUGUGCCUCUAAUGUUGAGCUGAUCACACGAACACGUACUGACCAUCUCACUGACCAGCACAAAACAAAACCCAAAGGCAGCAAGACACCUCUGCAAUCCUUCCUGGGUAUCGCUGAACAGCACAUGGGGCCUAACAACGGACACACUAUGGUGACUCAGAUAUCAUGCCCCGCAACGAACCCAUUGGCUGUGACGGCUGAGGAGUACUUUAAUCCCAACAUGAGUCAGAGAGACAUUGGCCAGCCUAGUCACCUCACCACCAAAACACAAAGGUUCAAAGCCAAGCUGUGGUUGUGUGAAUCUCAUCCUUUAUCUCUGGAGGAGCAGGUGGCUCCUAUUAUUGACCUCAUGGCCAUCUCCAACGCCUUGUUUGCCAAGCUUAGGGACUUCAUCACCUUACGUCUGCCUCCUGGCUUCCCUGUCAAGAUAGAAAUUCCCAUCUAUCACAUCCUGAAUGCUCGGAUCACCUUUGGGAACCUAAAUGGUUGUGAAGAGGGAGGUUUGCCCCGGGUGGACACUGAAGGGGAUGGACAAAAGGACAGUCCCAGGACGGACACGCCAUCUCCAGGCAGCGACUCUUCCAGCGUGUCCAGCUCUAGCUCUACAAACUCAUGUCGUGGAGGAGAGAUCCCACCUUGUGUUUUUGAGGCUCCGCGGGGCUACAGCGUUUUAGGAGGAAACCAGAGAGAGAACAUUAGAGAAGAGGAGGAUGAUCUGCUACAGUACGCCAUCCAGCAGAGCCUGAUUGAGGCUGGAUCAGAAUAUGACCAGGUGACGAUCUGGGAGGCUUUGACCAACAGUAAGCCAGGAACACAUUCUCUGUCCUGUGACCCCAGCCGACACGAAAGAACCCCACAGCACAAACCCACGGAGAGCCCUCGCAGCACACCGACCAAUAAGCCGCCGCGCAGCUAUGACGAGCAGCUGCGUAUAGCCAUGGCACUGUCCGCCCGUGAGCAGGAAGAGGUGGAGCUUCGUCAAAGGCGAGAGGAAGAGGAACUGCAGCGUAUCAUACAGCUGUCACUCAUGGAAAAGUGACAGGGAACCGAGGGGUGGCAGAGCAUGCCUGGGGAUCCGUAACCAGCGUGAACUACGAUUGGCCACUCCCAAACGCCCCACCCUCUUCUUCCAAAGAACUGGACAAAAUGGGCCGCUCUCCGGUCCAGUCACGAAUGAGUCAUUCAGAAUCACAGAGAAACCUCUGUCUUCACUCUGUUUACAAACACAAACUACUAAACUCAUGGCAAUCUACUGACUGAUCAGCACCAGUCUGGUCUCCUAAUGUGUGAAUGUGCGAUUAUGACUGAGACAGUCCGCGCUGCGUAUCUUACCAUUGUUUCUCACCCAGAGUUCUCGCAUACUCACCGGAAGGUGUGAGUUGUCACUUUUUUCAGUUAUACAUUAUGGAUGUAAAGAACCUUAGUUCUGGUUGUUGAUACACAAAAUUCACUGCACUUGGAUUGAGGAGCCAUGAUGUCUCCUAAUAGAAUGUGUGAGGGCACUUACAAACAAGAGUUAAUGCUGCAGAUCCAUCCCAUUUUGAUCGGGAAUGCUGCAUUCACAAGGACGUAUGAAGAAAAACGCAAAUGUUUGCGAAAGUGACACUCCGUUAUUACCAAAAGUUGCUUUCUAACACUUUUAAAGAAAAUACCUUUUGCUGCAUUAUACUCUAAUGUCAGUACCUUAACCCGCUGAACUUUGAGAAUCAGAGAUAGGCGGGUCCAGAUGUGAUUUUGGAAAUCAAAUUUUAUGUACUCCCGUUUGAUUUCAAACUAAAGACCUGUUCACACCAGCAUGACUGUUCGGCAUGGAAAUUCGGUCCAAUUUUCGGAAGCAAGAUUAAUGCGGAAAAAAAUACAGGCGGACAGGCUUACUGAAAAUGCAAAUUCACUGUAGGUAACACUUAUGGAAAAGCAGAAACACCCCAGUACAGAAAAGCUCCUUACAUAGAAUAAAGGAUUCAGUAUGUUUUCAAAGAGACGUUUAGAUUUUUGUAAUUGCUAUAGUGUUUAUCAAACACCUCUUAAUAGUACAGAGACAAGAGAGCUGGUUCAGGAUUCUUCUGCUGUUUACUCUCACUUACAGUUCCUGAGGGCCACCAAAUUGUGGUUUUAUGUAACAGCAGCGGCUAUGGUUACAUGACCAAAAGCUUUAAUCUUGGUUGGCCAGUUUUCUUCGCAGUGCAGAGGAAUAAAGCAAUAAGCCCCGAGAAGCCAUGGUUUACAGUGAAUUUAUUACAGCUAAGGGGUGUUGUUAAAACCCCAAAAAUAUGUAUCAAUGCAACUUUCAUGAAGUAAAAUCGUUAAAAGGCUUCCUUCCGCAGGAAAAAAUAGUCCCUGAACAUAAACAGUAACAAAAGUUACAGUUAUUAUGCCAUUUGAUGGUGGGAAAGAUUGUCUUGUCGCAAAGACUUUUAUAUUUAAACUUGUUGUGAACACAGAACAAGAUGCAAAUGACAAAUGCUGUGACUAGCACUGUCAGCAGGGCACGGGGAAACCCAUUAAAUGUUAAAAGGACAGGAUCGCAGCAGACAUUCAAAUGGAUUUUUAUUAUGAUCAUAGGACUGACCUGAAGGAAAAUGCUAAAUCUGAAUGCAGGUAAUAAACUCUGUCACCCGAUAUCUCUCUCACAACACUCUUUUACAUAAUGCAGUAAGCUUCAAUAAACAAACAUAUUUUUGUUACUAAGAGUGGUUGCUAUGACAGACACAGCAACAUCAAAGACUAUAGAAUAACACAAGACGCUACUCGUAUUGUUUUUGAAUGGGAGAAAGUGCAACGCACAAUAUGGCGGAAUAAUAAGUCCCGCCUACUAAAGAGCCAAUCGCCGAUUGGUAAAGUCAUCGCGUCACUGCAGCGGCUGUUAGAAGCUCCGGUUCCUAUAGAAACAAUCAAACGCGCAACUCCGAAAUGAGACACGAGACCCGCAUUUAGGAUUGCCAUGUGCAUUAGCUUGAACCAUCCUGAAAAAUAUCGUUUUUUGUCAUGAUUUGAGCGUUUAAAAACAAAAUUUAUGAGACAGUUGUUGUCAGAUUUCAUUGGUGAUUUCAAAUAUGAAAUUUAAUUGAAAACUUGGCAAACAGCUUUGGAGAAUUUGAUGUUUCUCCAUUCAGAGUGAUAGGAGCUCCACUUGAAUGCCCGAGAGGCGUUUCAAAGAUGGCCGCCGAGUGAAAUGACUUGUCUUAAAGGGACUUUGGCAACAUACACAUUCAGUGGCGCAGUGAUACUAAUGUAAUGCGGUCAGCUGUUUUCGGAAAUUUUACAACGGCUUCGAACGCUGCUCAACCAAUCAGAAUCAAGAGCCAGAACUAUCUGUUUUAUAAAAGAGAUUAGAACACCUCUCUGUCAAAAAUUAUUACAUUGGUGGCUAGAAAUGUUUUUCCUUCGGUCAAUAAAAUUAAAAUGUUUAUCACACCAAAUUUUCAAACAUUCGUCUUGGUGUGAACAGGUCUUUAUCCGGCUCUUUCCAUACCCUCAAAACUAAUUUUAUCAUCAUUUCCAUAAAAUUCUCCGCCACACUUUUUGUAGUGUGGAAGCGCCCUAAAGGGAACACCAAACCCUGCGUUAUGACAGCAGGUAUGAUUUUUAUUUAUUCUCCAAAAUGAUAAUCCGAACGCUAGAGAAAUUAUUGUAAUGGUACAACUGACAGUUAAUAAGAAGAGUGAAUGGAAAACACAAGCCAUUUUCAGGUACAACGUCAUUAAUGACUAAACGAUUCUUUUGAAUCUGAAUCAAAUGCUCAUUGCAAUAUUCAUCAUGUGUCCUAAAUGCACUUUUCAGAAAAAAAAGAGAUAUUAUUCGCAUACAACACGGUGUGUGCGUUCUACUUCAAAUGGUGCUAAGUUGACUCUUGGGUACUUUAAUCAAUGUAAUUGUCACGACAUGCAUUCAUUCGUCUAUUCAAUCACUCGACAACGUUUCUUUCCCGGCCUCCAUUCGGUGCUUCCUUCAACAUUACCAUCAGAGCUCAUUGUCUCAUGACUGAAACACCUGCGGUAGCUAAUCAAAAAUCUAAUUGUGCUUUUAUAAGAGGUGCCAGUUCUGGAAUAAAACAUGAAAGGAGGAAUCACUCACAGAGAUAAUGCCCUGAGCGAAGACGAGGGGGGGGGGAAUUUUAUUGGAGAAUCUUAAAAUAGAUCUUUCUCCUUAGUCAGAUUUAUUCUGGGCCUGAUUGACGUGCCCUCAGGGUUUGAUGUAUCAGGUGAAUCUUUGAAAAACAAAUGAGGAAACAUGGCCAUACUGCACAUCUGAAAAGCUUCAACGUAAAAAACACAAGGGAUUAACCGUCAGUUUUCAAAGGAAGCGGAUCUAAUGACACUGUCUGGAGACAGAGCUCCUAAUAAACACGUAGAUUGAUUGUGCGACUUGUGAAUGCCUGGGCUCAGUCGUUAAGAAAUGCUUGAUAUGACUCAACGUUUUAGUAUAACAUAUAAGAGCAUUAUUUAUAUUUAACAUUUUUUCAUUUGAAUUUGGUUGAUGUGGUUUGUGUGGAGUGCUGCUGUUGUGUUUGUAUGUGACUGAAAUAUAUUGUUCACAUUUGUAACUUAAAGGCAUUCUGAAUAAAGGAUAAGACAUCUAAAUGAACAUGAAUUUUCAA